AUGGGGAAGGCGGCCGCGCAGCUGUGCAGCGCCGGCUCCCGCGGGCUGGUCUCCCUGCUCGGCGCCGUCCCCUGCCUGGCCUGCAAGCAGCCGCCGCCGCCGCCGGCGCGGCCGGUGCUGGUCGCCAUGAGCCUGACGGUGGCCGCCGCCGCGGUCGAGGGCUCCGCCGCCGUCGCCGUCGCCUCCUCCCUCGGGCCCGGCUCCGACACCUACAAGGGUUGGCUGUUCAAGUGGACCAACUACUUGAAGGGGUACCAGCGCCGCUGGUUCGUGCUGAGCAACGGGCUGCUCAGCUACUACAGGACUCAAGCUGAAAUGGCUCACACCUGUCGGGGAACGAUCAACCUUUCAACGGCUCACAUUGAUACAGAGAACUCCUGUAAUAUUGUCCUUUCCAAUGGCGGGAGGACAUACCAUCUGAAAGCUGCCUCAGAAGUGGAGCGGCAGCGCUGGGUCACUGCCCUGGAGCUGGCGAAGGCCAAAGCCAUUCGAAUGAGGAACAGCCAGUCAGAUGACUCCGGCGAUGAGGAGCCCGCCUCGCAUUCUGACAAGAGUGAACUGCACAGCACACUGAAGGGCCUCUCCAGUAAGCUGGAGGAUCUCAGCACUUGCAACGACCUGAUCGCCAAGCACGGGGCAGCUCUCCAGCGGUCCCUGAGUGAGCUGGAGAACCUGAAGCUGCCUGCCGAGAGCGGGGAGAAGAUCAAGGCGGUCAACGAGCGAGCCACCCUCUUCCGGAUCACCUCCAAUGCUAUGAUCAAUGCUUGCCGGGACUUCCUGGAGUUAGCGGAAACCCACAGCCGCAAAUGGCAGCGAGCUCUCCAGUAUGAGCGCGAGCAGCGGAUCCGCCUGGAGGAGACCAUCGAGCAGCUAGCCAAGCAGCACAACCACCUCGAGCGGGCCUGCCGCGGAGCCCCCGCCCUCUCCACCGGCACCAGCACCCAUGCAUCCAAAGGGAGCGUGCAGAAUGUGAAAGGGGAAGCCAGCGAUGAAGAUGAGGAGACAGAGUACUUUGACGCCAUGGAGGAUGCACACGCGUUCAUCACAGUAGCUGCUGAUCCUUCGAAGCAUCACCGGCGCACCGACAGCAACAUCAGCGGGGCCAGUGAGGGCCGUGCCGACGACUGGAACUUGGACGACAGCGUGUUCGAGAGCUCCAGUCCAAGUAGCCUUGACACUUCAAACAGAGAUGUCGUGCCCAAGACGAGGAGACGGACCCGGAUCCCAGACAAACCCAACUACAGCCUUAACCUCUGGAGCAUCAUGAAGAACUGCAUUGGCAAGGAACUCUCCAAAAUCCCCAUGCCCGUGAACUUCAACGAGCCGCUGUCCAUGCUGCAGAGACUAACGGAAGACCUGGAGUACCACGAGUUGCUGGACAAAGCCGUCAAGUGUGAAAGCUCCGUGGAGCAGAUGUGCUUCGUGGCCGCGUUCUCCGUGUCUUCCUACUCCACGACAGUCCACCGAACAGCCAAGCCGUUCAACCCACUCCUGGGCGAGACCUUUGAGAUGGACCGCCUGGACGAGAUGGGCUUCCGCUCACUCUGUGAGCAGGUGAGUCAUCAUCCUCCGGCUGCAGCCCACCAUGUGUAUUCCAAGCGAGGCUGGACGCUCUGGCAGGAGAUCACCAUUGCAAGCAAAUUCCGGGGCAAAUACCUCUCCAUCAUGCCCCUGGGUGCCAUCCACCUGGAGUUCCACUCCAGCGGCAACCACUACAUCUGGAGGAAGGUGACCUCGACGGUUCACAACAUCAUUGUGGGCAAGCUGUGGAUCGACCAGUCUGGUGACAUAGAAAUCAUCAACCACAAAUCAAAAGACAAAUGCCAGCUGAAAUUUACUCAGUACAGCUAUUUUUCCAGAGACAUUCCCCGAAAGGUGACCGGCGUGGUCACGGAUGCCGCCGGCGAAGCACAGUACGUCAUGUCGGGCACAUGGGACGAGAAGAUGGAGUGUUCCAAGAUCGUGCACAGCACCCCGGGAAGCUCCAGCUCGGAAGGGAAGGUGCCAAAAACAGUCUAUCAGACAUUGUCCCCCAAGGUCCUGUGGAAGAAGUACCCUCUUCCGGAGAAUGCUGAAAACAUGUACUACUUCUCCGACCUGGCCUUGACCCUGAACGAACCAGAGGAGGGCACGGCCCCCACGGACAGCCGCCUCCGGCCUGACCAACGGCUCAUGGAAAGCGGCAGGUGGGACGAGGCCAACAUGGAGAAGCAGCGGCUGGAGGAGAAGCAGCGAGCGGUGCGCCGGCAGCGGGAGGCCGAGGCUGCAGAGGCGCUGGAGGAAGGCAAGGACUACGAAGGCUACAUCCCGCUGUGGUUUGAGCGGAAGGUCGACCCGGCGACAGGGGAGCUGAUCUGCGUUUACAAGGGCGGCUACUGGGAGGCCAAGGAGCAGCAGGACUGGAGCGUGUGUCCCGAUAUCUUCUGAGCUGCUUCUGGCCGGGCUCGCCGGUGCCCGGCGGUGCCUCCCCACCCAGCUGCCACGGGACGGACGAGCCGCGGGUGCAAGCACUCCGGGGGCACCCUGCUGUUCACACACACUUCAGAGAAACACACAACUUAAAUAAACACAGAUUUUUUUAAAACAAAGAAAUAGAAAAAACAAGGCGAACCAAACAGGGAUUCCAAAUCUAUUUUUAUGCACUAGUAAAAUGGCAUUUGAUUUUUUUAAAAAGUGACUUUUUUUAAGCUACUGAUUAGGAUUGAGAGAUGGUGGAUUUUUUUUUCCUUUUUAAGCCUGGCCUAUUUAUCGCUGCAUCAGGAAUUGCAGCCCCCUUAUCUUCUGAGGUCUCGGUUUUAGGAACCAAGACUCUGAUUUCCAAAGAUGCUCUUGUUGUGGGGAAAUGAUGUACAUUUGACUCUUUUUCUUUCCUUUCUCAUUUGUGUGUGGGACUUAACAUCUUUUUUAAAGAAGUCUAUAGAAAAUUCAGGUUCUUUUUCUAAAGACACAGGCAGCUUCAUGGCUUGCUUUCUGUAUGGCUUCUAAUAUCUGGGGUGGGGGGGAGUGUCAGGAAGUGAACAGAACCAUCCUCAUUCCGAUGGCAGUUGCACCUUUAGGGAAAGGUGGGGGAAUGACGGGGUAAGUUUGAUUCGCUUCCUUCCAGUGCUUUUUGUCAGCAGUUAGACCCAAUCUGUGUCUACAGGCAAUAUUUUUAUUAAUUUUUCUUUCAGAUCAACUCUCUGAAUAGUUGGCUCUGUAUUUUGGAGAGGACAUGGCCUCUUAAUUUUGGUUCUGUAUCAAACUCUUGGUAGAGAAAUGUUCUGUGUGGUCCCUCACCUUCUCUCCUUCUGUGGAAGGAUUUUCCAGGUGAGGACUCCUCUCUUCUUCCUCUUGCAUAUUGGGAGAACAACGUGGGGGCGUGUUGCGCCUGCACCCGGGCAUACCUCAGUACCCAGAGCGCCCCACGGGGACUGGGCGCCAUGGGCAGCACUCCAUGGAGGGUCCCAUAGGCUGCCCCGCGAGAACCAGCUGCCACCGCUGCCACGCACCAUACAGCCGCGGCGGGCGUCUCCCACUGCCACUGCUGGAAAACGCCGGGGUUCGCUCUGGCCGGGCAACAUGCACGCCAGCAGCCGCGGCCCAGGCACACGGGCACCACCGUGCGGCCGAGCCGCAGCAUGGAGCACAGUGCAGCCCACGCGAGAUCCAGCAGGGCGCACCUGCCUCUGCCGAGGCAGCCCGGAAGCACCGUGUGGGUUUCACGGGGGCCCUCUGUCUGGAAAGCACACCCCUGCCCUGCCUGGGGUCAUCUUUGGGUGCUGGGAGAGGCCUGCUGGGCCCCGAGGGGCCCAGAGCUCCUGCAGGUGCCAGGCGGGAGCCUCCAGGCACACAGGUGUUGCGAGCAGGGCUGUCCCUGCACCGCAUCUCUCAGGAGCAGAGUCAAGAUGUGACGGAGCUAACCCCCCUCUCCCAGCGCCUCCCAUUCCCUUCCUCCCUUGCCUGGAGGCUUAGUCGUGGGGUCCCCACAGCCCCAAAUUUGCACCACAGGGGCAGUGCCACCUGCUUGCCCUGACACCCCCACCUCCCCUGGCCGGAGCUGCCCAGCACUUCCUGCUGUCAGCCCAGCCGCAGGCCUGCCCUGGCACGGCAUUGCGUGUUCCUCUUCCACACCGGUGGGCUUGCCGGGACGGAAGGCUUGGUGUCCCCAGGAAGACUGGUGCUUGGGGCAGGUCCCUCAUGUCCACGGGACAUGUGUCUCUCCGGGAGCCUCCAAGGCCCCAUAAGGCCUUUCGCCUUUGGAAAACGUAGCGCAGCCCGAGGCGAGCAGUUCUCCGGCUUGCCGUCACGGCGGGAGCAUCCCAUGUUCCCAUGGCCAGUCACAUCCAUGGGGGACAAAUCAGCAAUAAUAAACUUCACAGCUUUGCCCCCCCCCCCCCCGACGAUCAUGGAGGAAUUCUCAGCUUCCCUUUCCCUCACAAAACCUCCAGCAACCAUUAUGUACACACACGGACACACACAACAUGUGUACAGAAUAUACACGCGCACACACUACAAGCUAACUAUAGUGCUGAACAUCAGUGUACUGACCGCUGAUUUCAGUGUACCUUUUAAUCUUUAUUUAUUUGCUUAUAAUUUAUAUUUAUAUUAUAUAUAUAUAUAUAUAAAUAUAUAAAAUUAUUUUGUUUAAAUUUGUAUGGUACUAAACUAGAGGGGGAAAAAUAAUGAAGACGAGUAUAUCUCUGUCUGAAUUUUUUUAUAGUACAAAUAAGUAGGAUAAACAGUGGUUCCUCUUUCAGGGUACGGCGCCUCACUGUCAACAAAGCUAGAGCACUGAGGUUAGAGGCACAAUCCAGCACAGUGCUGCUCUCUUCCAAUGCUUCUGCUUCUUUCCCUGUGGUUUGUUUAGGAUAAUUUCCUGCUGGAUUGUGCCCUAAAACAUUUCUUUUAUAUCAGUCUUAUUUUGCUAACAUUUGCUCCAAAGUAGCAAAACCUACAAAUUUCAGCAGGCAGAAUCCAUAAAGGUUUGUGCGUGCUUGCUUGCUCUCGAGCAAGCCCAUUUCUCUCUCGGGGUUUCACGAGAGAUGCUUCCAGUGAAUUGAGCUUCAGAGUGUCUUACCUAAAGAAAACUAAUUCCUUUCUAAAGGAAACAAGUUUUGAGUUCCUGAAGACUCCACUGAGCCAAACAGUAGCAUUCAAAGCAGUAUUUCUCUUGGGGUUUUGUUUUACUUGAAAAACCUGCUCAAGUUAUCACUUUUGGGGUGCUGCUUUAGAGUUGUUUCCAUCACUCCUGUAUCUGAGAAUUAUGUAACUCUGUUGUCUGAAUGGAGGUUUUCUGAAAUAAUUGAAAUGUUCUGCAGCAGUCUGCCAAAGUCCACCAGAUACUACUGCUGUUUUAAAAUUACAUAUAUUUGAUGUCUUCAUGGGAAGUUUUUUUCUUUUUUUAAAAAGGCAAUUGCAUUCUGCAAAACUGGAGAAUGAUGGUACAAACGAAUCAUACAGAUCAUUUGAUGUGAUUUAGAAAGUCUAUCUGUGAACAGCUGGUCCAGUUAAAUGGGAGGAAGUUAAUUUGGACAAUAAAUUAUUUCCUAUAA